CACCUGGCACCGCGCACGCAGCGACCUCCACACUCCCUCGCGUGUGCGUGUGUGGAGGGAGAGAGCGGACAAUUAGCCGGGACAUCUGGAGAAUUGCCGACCGAAUCGACGGCUGUGCCAGGCUUGCUCGUGGUCAUGGUUGGUAUGCCCGGCGCGGGUAAGAGCACCUUUGCGGAGCAGCUGCUCCUCGCACACAGCUGCAGCGCUGACGGCGGCGGCAGCAGCAGUGAGCGCUGGUCCCGCAUCUCCCAGGACGUCCUUGGCUCGCGCAAGCAGUGCAUCCGUGCCGCGCACGAGGCGCUGAGGCAGCGGCGCCACGUCCUGAUCGACCGCUGCAACUUUGACCCCGACCAGCGUGCGCACUGGCUCAACUUGGGUGGGGCGAGGCCCGCCUCGCGCGUCGCCAUCUUUCUCGACGUGCCGGAGCACGUGGCGCGGCGGCGCGUGCUCCGCCGCGCCACGCACGAGGGGCACGUCGACUCAGGCUCAAAGUCGGCGCGAGAGCUGCAGCAGAUAGUGCGGCGCAUCUCGUCGUGGAUAGUGGCUCCGCGCACCUCGGAGGGCUUCGACAGGGUGGUGGUGUGCCGCUCGCCAGAGGAGGCCGCCGCCGCCGCGCGCAGUCUCGCAGCGGAGGCGCGCGCCCUCGACACUGCCGCGCCAACCCUCUAGAGGUCAGGGUCUAG